UUUUCAUAUAAAAGUCCAACUACAGUUCGAUAAUAGUAUCAGUCACCUGCUCUGAUUAACUAGUUCAAAAUGUUCACCAAAGUGUUCACCCUCGGCGCCAUCUUGGCUUCCGUAAACGCUGGCUUGUUGCCACUGCACCAUGCUGCUGUCUCCUCACAGAGCAUUGUCCGCCACGAUGCCCCCGUGCAUUACGCUGCCGCGCACUACGCUGCACCUCUGCUCCACGCCGCUCCCGUAGUUCAUGCUGCCCCAGUAGUCCAUGCCGCCCCUCUUGCUCUCGCUCAUGGUCAUGAAUACGCUCACCCCAAAUACGACUACGCUUACUCUGUGGCUGACCCCCAUACCGGUGACCACAAGAGCCAGCAUGAGAGCCGCGACGGUGGUGCUGUUCACGGUAGCUACUCCCUGGUUGAGCCCGACGGUUCAAUCCGCAAAGUAGAAUACACCGCUGAUGACCACAAUGGUUUCAACGCCGUAGUACACAAAACCCCCGGCCACCACCCCGCCCCCAUCGUCCACGCUGCCCCCGUGGUCCACGCCGCUCCUAUCGUUCAUGCUGCCCCAUUAGCUUAUGCUCAUGGACAUCAUGGUCUCCUCGGACAUUAUUAAACAACGACUAGCUUAUAAUAUGUUCAUUUGAUGACGGAUGACUGAUGAUUGUGAUAUUUAUGUGUAA